GAGGCGAAGGAGAAGGGUCCGUCCACCCGGCACCGUUCCCGAUUUGGGGCCACCAUGGGAUGUACGUUGAGCGCCGAGGAAAGGGCCGCCUUGGAAAGGAGCAAAGCGAUCGAGAAGAACCUCAAGGAAGAUGGGAUCAGCGCGGCCAAAGACGUGAAAUUGCUCCUGCUAGGGGCUGGGGAAUCCGGGAAAAGCACAAUCGUGAAGCAGAUGAAGAUCAUCCAUGAAGAUGGCUUUUCCGGAGAAGACGUGAAGCAGUACAAGCCUGUGAUCUAUAGCAACACUAUUCAAUCUUUGGCAGCUAUUGUCCGUGCCAUGGACACGCUGGGCGUAGAAUAUGGGGAUAAGGAAAGACGGACCUUGGACAGCUCCCAGACUUUCUUUAUAGCAGGGUGGGCAGAUCCAGGGGUGGGAUUCAAAUUUUUAACCACUGAGCUGCUUUCGGCAAUGAUGAGGCUGUGGUCUGACACUGGCCUCCAGGAGUGUUUCAAUCGGUCCCGAGAAUAUCAGCUCAAUGACUCUGCUCAAUACUAUCUAGACUGCUUAGAUCGAAUUGGAGCUGCCGAUUACCAGCCCACAGAGCAAGACAUCCUUCGAACCAGGGUCAAAACAACUGGCAUUGUAGAAACCCAUUUCACAUUCAAAAACCUCCAUUUCAGGCUGUUUGAUGUUGGGGGUCAGAGAUCGGAGCGUAAGAAGUGGAUCCACUGUUUUGAGGAUGUCACGGCAAUCAUUUUCUGUGUCGCUCUGAGUGGGUAUGACCAGGUACUUCAUGAAGAUGAGACAACGAAUCGCAUGCAUGAAUCAUUGAAGCUGUUUGAUAGUAUCUGUAACAAUAAAUGGUUCACAGAUACCUCCAUCAUCCUGUUCCUCAAUAAGAAGGACAUCUUUGAAGAGAAGAUUAAGAAAUCCCCCUUAAUUAUCUGCUUUCCAGAUUAUACAGGACCCAGCAACUUCCCGGAUGCGGUGACUUACAUCCAGACGCAGUACGAGAGCAAGAAUAAGUCAUCCAACAAAGAGAUAUACACUCACAUCACCUGUGCCACGGACACCAACAACAUCCAGUUUGUCUUUGAUGCUGUAACUGAUGUCAUAAUUGCCAAUAAUUUGCGUGGAUGUGGACUAUAUUAA